AUGGAGAAAAUCAACGAAAAAGGCGAAGGACUCAACAAUUCUGGACAAUCCAACGUUGUUGACGUCGACGGCGUCAUUCUCGACAACAACCAGGUUGGAUCUCUUGAUCAACAGGACAAGGACGUCCCAAGGAAAGAAUCACUAGAAAAUAAUUCGGACGAACCAUCAAGAAUCCCAAAAGAACAUCGUGAUUAUCCGUGCCCAUAUAUUCACGACAUCAAGUCGAAUUUCGAGAGGGACGUGGAAAUCGACAAUCGGGCGUCUUCAAACGAAAUGAGAGUGACGGACAACAAGUUUUUUGGACGAGUCUUCACUGUAAUUGGUGUCCCAUUCGAAGAUGUGCGGUACUCGAUGGAAAACUUCAAAAUCGUGAAUGAGCUGGUGGCAAAGCUUCCUCCAGGCUGUCAUGCAGCCAAAGUGGCACAAAUAGAAGGUGUCGAUGUUCCUGUGGAGUUUCACAAUAUCCCGGGUGUUCCCUCCAAAAAACUGUACGGAAAAAUUGUAUUUGAUAAAUAUGGGGGAAUGAAAAAGAAUCCGGAGGUUAAGGAGCUGUGGGAAGUCCAAGCGAUUUUCAAGGGAGCGUCAGAAAAAAACAGAUUCGCCGUUUUAUAUCAAGGGUGGAAGUCUGUCCACAUGUUCGACGUCGACGCCGAUUAUCUCACGCAGAAAUGUAAAACGCUUUACGGAAUUACGGUAGCCAGGAACGAAUUUGUAGAUGUUCUCAAGAGUAAGGUCUCCGACAAGGAGAAGAAAGCUCUAAUCGAGUUGGAGCAAUUCAUGACUCCAGCUUUUGAAGAAGAGAUCUCCAAUCGUUACUGGGUUCUUCAAGAUCUCACAUAUUUCCACUCAAAAAUCCAGCAAGAAUGCGGACAAGGAAAUAUUCACUAUAUGUGCUUCUCGGGACCAGCAACACCCCUUCCAAGCUAUACCUUUGUGACUCAACACGUCAUGCAGGAGACAGUAUUGUCAAAGUGCAUUCAAGAAACUCGCCGUCUCGACAAAACUACGCAGAACAAAGCUCUCAGAAAUGGACCGAGUACUCAACCAAGUACUCAACCAAGAGCAACGCCUUGUGAAAAUCCAGAAUGGUGCAAAUGUAACCUUGUUUACGCAUCAAUGAUCCGUCACAAUUCCUUCGGAAAGAAAACCAAACUUUGUAUUCCGGAUAAAAUGGGUCGUCUCCAGAACCUGGACAAGCAUAAAUUGGGUGAUGAGUAUGUGGUUGUUGAGUGCGACUCCGAAUGCGGAUGCUCCCGUAACUGCCCGAGACGCCAACUGCAAAAUGGAGGUCAAAAAAUGCUCGUCAUUAUGUGUGAAGACGAAGCGAAAGGUUUCGAACUGGUUGCUGGGGAGAAUAUCCAUGCAGGAGAGUUAAUCGGCGAACUCGUAGGAGAACUCUUCCUCACUCCGCAGCAAGAAGGAGAUCCGACUGGCUCUCCAGUGGCUAAACGAUCGAAGCCCAACAAUUCCAGUCCAUUGGAUCGUACCUUGCAGUUGAAAAUGAAAAACGGCCCUUUCUACAAGACCUUCUCUGUGUUCAACCCCAAUAUGGCAAUAGUUUCCCGUCAAAUUGGUAACGCCAUGCGUUUUAUUCAUCACUCUGCUAAUCCAAAUGCAGUCUUCAUCGAGACUCUCAGCCGUCUGAUCCAUAAAACCCCAAUUAUUCCACGUAUGGCUGUAUAUGCCUCAGAAGACAUCGUCAUUGGCGAUAAGAUUACUGCAUUCUUCCAUGCAAGUUCGGAUCUAGUAGGCGAUUCUCACGAGUGA